AUGCACCGUCGCUGGCUGCUGUGUCUACUUCUAGCACAUACCGUCCUCGGUGAGUUUUUUUCUUUGCUGACCACUACCUACACUAACCUACUUUCUAACCUGCCUUACCAUCUCCGUCUUUACUCUCUCUGUCUCUUUUUUUCGUUGUUGGCUUAGAAGCUUGAAUAUCUUCGCUUUCAUGUUUUAUCCUUUAUUAUCCUUUCACUGCCAAAGUCGGAAGUGCGGAAAGCGGGUGCAAAAAGAGAGUGACUGCAAAAUGGCCGCUAGAAGGGUUGCAUUUUGCGCCUUAUUGAGCCUUUCUUUCUUGGUUUAUUGAAAAGCCUUGAAAAAGGGUGAAGAAAGUCUCGAUCAUUGAUAAUUUCCGACUUUAUUAAUGUUGCACAUUUUGGUUCAUACACAGUCAUAGGUGAAGAUUAUUCUCAAUUAAAAGAAAUUUUAGUUUCUAAAAAGGGUCUAAAAGGGGUGGAUGGAUGCCGAUAAAAAAAGGCUUUAAAAAGGAAACCGUUGCCACCCGUUUUUUAAUGGAUGCUUUUUGCACCCAUAACGGACGCUCGAAGGGCCCGUAAAUGAUCCUUCCGACUUUGCCUAUGUUGUUCUAAACACAGAUUCGAACUAACUAAGCUAGAGUAAUCGUCUCGAAGCUCUACCAGCUACCAUUUUCGACUCAUAAGAAGUCCAAAAACAUGCAAGAAAAUUUGAAAGCAAGUCGCUUUUUGAGUGAAGAUCUAGGAUGUUAGCUACCGUGGGGUAGUCAAAUUUUUGUCAUAUUCUUCACACUUUCUGGAUUUCCUCUCUUAACAUACAUUUCCUUUAAAGAAAUAUAUCUUGUUCAUGAAAAAAAGCAGGAACUGUGGCAAAAAACUGAGAAACGUUUCUCAAAAAGUGCUUUCUGUUCAUUAUUUUUGAUUAUUUUUCUAUUUGUUUUAUUUAUUUUUUGCCGUUAAAAGUUACUUUCUUGGUCCUGUCAUUAAAGCUCUUUUCAAUCAUCUUCCCUAACCUUUCAAUCGCAACACUGAAAUACCGCGAAACCUUCUCUUUCCCGUGAUCCAAAAACCAUCGUUCCUAAUAAAGAUUUCGCCUUUCGGGAGAAUUCAGUUCUUGGGAACCAACUCGUGAAGCGAGACGCGUCGCUGAACUUUUGCUAUAAUCGAUUAGAAAAGCCUGGUCACUAGAUCAAGAUAUCACUACAAGAUGGCGAUGCACUUUCCUUCCAUUGCGCCAUUCAACUUUUGGUUUCUGUUUUAUGAAGUGACAAUCGAUAAAAAAAAGUUGCAGAUGACGUCUUCAAGAACCGUAUAAAACUGUUUUUUGGAAAAAAAAACUCAAAUUUUGCCAUUGCUGCUCUGAACCAUACGCUGGUGAGACCUGAAGAAGGGGAGGGGUCUUGGCAAAAUAACGAAAAAAAAUUUUCAGGGUGCGCGCCUGACGGCGCUAGUCCGAUCUUAUAAAAAAGUCAAAAAUUCAUUUUAUAAAGUUCAAUUGAUUAGCAGAAGCGACUUUUUUUUUCUUAGUUAAAAGUGAUCGAAAAAAAAAAGAAAUUUCACAUCUUCCUGCGUCAGCCUGUAGUUCGAUCAAAUAACAGCUGUCGUCAGUCAUUCUCAUCCCAUGUAUGCUCUGAACUUUUUUUGACACGAAGAUCGGACGAAAAAACUUUCAAAAUUUUCAAAAUGAUCAUUACUGAUGCUGCAUAAGUCUGAUCCCAAAGGAAAACAUAGUUCCAAGGGGAAAAGGCCAAACAAAAAGGUUCCAGGAGACGAUGGGACGGUGGAAUCGACGACGGAGCCAGACUGGGCUCCGACCGGAAAGCUCAACCAGUUCGCCGGCUUUGGAACGCCACGGCCGCAGUUACUACCGGCCCACGCUCAAAUGGGUUAGUCCAAAAGUCGAAGGAGAGAAGCUCGAAAACGGCUAACACGCAAUCUCUAACAUUUUUUAUGCACUGGAAUUGGGUCGUUCCAGCUCAGCUUUCGAAAAAGAGAGAGAGUAGUGCUUUUACGUCUCGGCAGAUUUUUUCGAAACCACGGGACUUUAGAAUUAGAAAUCUACUUUGGAAUUUGAGUGGUACCCACAGGGGUUAGGGGGGAAAAAGCCCUAUAUGGACCGAAAACGUGUCCCCUAUCGGGGUAAAAUCAAGGUGGUCCCUAUAGGGGUUUUGGGUCCGACCCCUUAGCCCCAAAAACUCAAUUGGACCCUUUAGGGGUCGUUCAAUUUUAUUCAAAAGGUUAUUUUUUAAGUUUUUCGCAUGAAAAUGCUUCUUCGUCUAGAGCUCAUAAAAAUUAUCGACUAGCUUUUCCUCUAUAGGGACCACUUUGCAAGCUUUAUUGUCUUCUAUAGGGGUUGGUGAUUUAAUCCCUAGAGAGAACCCUCUAAGAGCCCCUAAGUUGCCACUAUAGGGACCACUCUGGAGUUCCUAAGUACAAUUGAUUUUAAAUUGUAUCAGGGCGAUCUUCGGUUUUGAGAAAAGGAUAGUAUUAUAUUGAUUCGAUUAUUCAAUUAUAACUUAAAAUUAAUUUUUCCCAAUCAGCACUUUUCUCUAUAAAACCCAUUCACAUCUGGUAACACCUCGUUCCAUCUUUUUUAAACGCAUUUCCCCUAAAAUCAUCAAGCUUAAAUAUGUCUUUUUCUAGUGAAAAUAUGACACUUUCCAGCGUAGAUCAAGACUUUCAAAUCAAAUUUUCAAUGUACUUCUUCUUAUAUUUGCCAACCUUAAUAGAAAAAAGGAGUUUUGCAGUGUGGGCGUCCGUGUGGGCGGCAUGGUCUUCCUGGUCAUUUUGCGCCGGCGGAGAAAGGAUCCGCGUCCGCGCCUGCAACACCAUCCGCGGUUUCCGCUGCCUGGGUCCCAACCAAGUAAAGCGUUAUUCCAUUCAGCAGCCUAUCCUCUGAAACACACUUCUUAUAUUGAAACUCAUAUCCUGUCGAAAAAACCAAAGUAACCUUCAGGAGACGCAGCCAUGCGAUGCGAGUGUCGUGCCGGCUCUGCCUCGCCGAAACUCCAUAUCCAACGAUUACGAUGUCUCGGACCCUUGGCAAGAAGACAGGUUUUACACUUAAGACUUCUGCUUGCCCAACCUCAGUGUUUCAGAAUCGAGGCUCUGCGACAACUUUACCCGGACGACUUGGCUGAUCAGGCGCCCAACAGCAAGUUUCAGGGAAAACAUCAGAAACUCCGAGCCGGUGAAGUUCCAAGUUCGAAAGUCCUGAAACGCCGAAAAAUGUGAUCGAAUAUUCAGAACUUACACCACCAAACCUAGUCUCUCAUGAGCUUCUGCACAGGCCAACCAACGACGCUGACGGCGCUCCGGGUUUGUUUUCCCCUAUUUCUUUAUUAUUUAUCUCCUAUCUAGGUUCUACGCCAGAGAGAAUAUUCGGCGCUAAGCAAUUUGCUGUGAAGACAGCAAGCGGCCGCAUCAAUCUUCCUUUACCAGUCCCCUCGGUUGAUCCUGAGGUUUCAUUGUUUGCUUUGGUUUUAUUCCAAUAGAAAACAGGCUCAGGAUUUCGGCGAUAUUACGAGAGAAGUGAAGCUCCCGGAGUCUCAAAAAAGCAAAGAGAGCUUUCGCCCUUUCCUCACACGGUAAGCGUCGUAUUAUACUUUCUUUUUUUCCUAGCGCUUGAGCAAAAAAUUUGUAUAUAGCCUGUGUACCACGACUUGAAAUUUCACCAAACGACAUUCCGCUGUGCGAACCUUGGUCGCGCUUCUUAUUUUUUUUUUUAUUAAGGUACUCUACUUUCAUGCGCUCCCACAGCAAUAACAAUAAAGAUUCGAAAAACUCUUCGCGAACGCGCGCAGCGGAACAUCGGAAUGCCAUUCGGUGAAAUUUCAAGUCGUGGCACACAGACUAUAUAAUCAGAAAUUUAUGUUUUCGUUCUAACUAUUAUCAACUUGGAAGAAUUAGGAAAUUUGACGAUUAUAAAGGUGAGAAGUAUUUAAAGAUUUUUUUGAUCCUCAUCAAAUUUCAUGAUUUGAUAAAUUAACUUAUCAAGCACUUGCUGACCAAGCUCUGAAACUCCCUCUUACAGAGCAGAUGACGUUGACGCACCCAGCAAGAAGGAUCUCCACGCCUCUCUCGCCACUGUAAGGAGCCUUAAAACUGUUUCAGAGCUUCAGAGACAUUUUCAGAAAGAGCUGACCGAGACUAAGGCUCUGGAUGAGCACAAGCACACGCCGAAGUUCGACAUGAAGGGACCCCAGUUCACUGGAAAACAAGUAGGACUUCAAAGAUUUGCUGUAACGCUAGGUCUCUCUGUUAACCACUGUGGGGCUACUAUCCAACAAGACGUAGCUGAAAACGUUUUUUCAGUUUACUGAAGACGUGUUUGGGAACAUAGACGACCUCACGCAAUUCAAUUUGGUAGACGACGACUCCAAGACAAAGAAGGAAGACUCCAGAAGCACCUUCGUAUCUAGCACGACAACUGAAGCGCCGAAGACGACGACGUCUGAAUUCAGUCCAACUCCAACCACAACGGCAAGCACGACAGCCGUCAGUCAGACUGUCGCCACUACAACGCAAAAAAUAAACCUUCCUCCUCAAAUCGUCACGCCAAAAACUCCAGUCUCAGAAGAUCUCUUCUUUGAGGUUGUCACACCGGCGACGUCAUCUCCGAAGUUUGUCAGCCUCGAACAUUCCUACAAUUCGUUUUUAAGUUUCAGCAUUGCUAUACCCUUGCAAAAUGAACCACCGAUGACAACAAAAUACGACAAGAAGAGGGAGAAAACGGUUAAAAGUGAGUUUUAACCUUCAAAAAACGUAAAAGUCUGAUGAAAAAGGGGGAACACCUCUUAAUUAUCUGAGGAAAAUCAGUCAAGUCCCUGGAAAAAAUCUUUUUUCAAGCCGUGUCUGGAAACAACUGAAAUUGAUUACAGAGGUGAAAAGUCUCAGCACUCUGCAUUUCGGCGAAGUUCCAUUGCCAUCACGAAAGGAGAAGGAGAAGGCUUUGCCGGUGAGGAAACAGAAAUUUUCCUUCUUUCCGUCCCAACCUGUAGUUCGUGUCUUUCAGGAACUGUCGGCGGACACUCUGAGCGCUUUGGACUGGAUGCUGAAGAACAUAACGCAAGCUGCCAAAAUGGCAGAGAAGAACGAACUUUCGGAAACGAGACACGGGUCAGUCAUCCUCGACAUUGGCUUUCUAUUCUGUACUUUAGAGAGGGAGUCACCUCCAGGAAGAGCGACCAAAGUCACGCCUCCGUCCAGCUCCUCAACACAGCCAAAGUACUUCGAAAGGUGAGUUUUUCUCACGGUUCACAACUCGGAACGUUUUCAGACGAAAAAACGGCGUGGAAUAAAGGGAGGAAAGAGAACGCGGAAUCCGAAAUUGCAUGACGGCGGGUUCGACUUCACGCCCAAAAUCAAAGCACAGGUCUUUUCUAUGGAUCACGCCUCGACAGAGAGCUCUCAUUAAACCAUUCAAAAAUACAAACUUUUCGCUCUAGAAUUCUCUUUAGACUCUCAAAAUGCUUCUCUUAGCUGAAAUUCGUUAAUAGAACCGAUUAUGAAACACUGCUUUUCGUUUCAAUGUGACGUCCUCUCAUGAUACAUCUCCAUUUCGUUUUCUGGGCUUUUCUUCAUCUCAUGUCUCUAAAACCGUAUAAAAAGAUGAUUAAGUUCCCACGGUUUCGAACGCGCGCGCACAAGCGACAGAAGAUAUUCGGCAUCAGAACGAUGUUGAGUAAAGAAAUAAACUUUCCAAACUCGGUAAGACCCAUUUCUCGAGCGUCAUCACAAAAUAAAGUAUUGCAGAACCAAUCAACUAUGACGCAGUUCGCAAUGAGCCCCGCGAGUCCCAAAAAACCAGCAGAUAGCGCGUCGAAGUUGGUGGAAGAGAUCAACGAGCUGCAGUCUUUAAUGGACGACAUCGACUCACGGAUAGAGUCCCGCAGCAGAGUAGUUCCACGAAGUUUCAGCAUUCAGCACGUAUCUGAAAACCUUGAGUACGGAGUAAAAAAACCCGAUUCAGGAGCACGACGAGCGCCAGUGA